AUGGGCGAUCCCCACGGAAAUGAGCUGAAUCAGCUUCUCGAAAGCGUUGGGGAGAGCCCUUAUCAUGUCAGCGGGCUCGAGAGAGGCGAAGACCUUUCGAUAUACCGCUUCUCGGCCGCGUCCGCUGCAAUUUACUUUCUGGCUUCAGUGCCUGCCGCCGUCCGCGCGCAGGUGCGCAGAAUAGUCAUCGAGGAGGACCGGGAGGCUAUGGCCGCGCCCGAGUGCCACGGUCGAGGUCUCAUACCGUUCUGCCAGGAGAACCCCCUACUCUGCGUCGAGCGCCGCGUCAACUUGUGGAGGAACCUUCUCCAGCCUGACUCGAUGGCACCACACGACCGGAUCAACCCCAUGGUCCGGGGACGUCACCCGGCUCGUGUCAAUGUGGGUGAUGAAGCCCGCGCCCUCGUUCCCGCGGGGAUGCCGGCGGGGUCAUUUUCACUGCUUCUCGACGGAGAGCCCGCCCCGCAGCUCGCCUCGGAAAUAUUCCAGGCCGUUGUGCAGAGGGAUUUCGCGUGGCAGCUGGCCUGGAUAGAGGCGCAGAACCGACGGUUAUUCUCGGUUAGAUCUAUACAUCAGAGGAGGGGCGAACGUUCCACCGCCCAGGGCUGCGAUGGCUACUUUUACGAAGACUUUCCUAGGGCCAUGGCAGACAUAGCUAUGGGGGACGAAGGCUCCUCCGUCGUACGAUGCAACUUUGACGUCGGCCAAGUCUGGGAUGUGGAAAGGGUGAUCCGCUAUCAUCGGUCGUGGUCGCCCGAGAAGUGGAAGGCAGAGUGGCCCAAACACGAACCAGCUCUGUGGGAGACUGUGCCCCCUCUGCCGGAGUGGGUAGCCCUGCUGGAGGAAAACAUAUUAGGAUACGAUGAAAAGGCCAAAAAUAGUGGUCGAGGAGCAGUGGUACUUCCAUGGCGACGAGACCACAACGACCGGCACAUCUGGCACAGUCUCAAUGAUGAUAUUGUGGCUAUGGACGAAGUCGUCUGCCAGAUGGAUGAUGUAUAG